AUGCCUUCGAGUCACCUCAGCAGCGAGCCACGCUUCAGAGUUCACCUGAGCUUGUUGAGUGAGCAACCCAAGGUCGACACCGACACAAAGAGCUCAGAGGUACUUUUCCCGGUGGAUCACGACGUGCUAUCGAGAACAGCGCAACUGUUGCAUCCGUUUCGUGCUCGAAGGUGCCCGAAAGGUGCGCAAAGGCAGCCUUCCCACCUCAGUCCCCUCGAGGAGGCCAAGAAGGCUGAACCUUCACACGGAGGCAAGGAGGCACAAAGAGGCUUCAGAGGAAGUGUUUUGCGUAUUGAGGCCGUCGAUUGUGUGCUGUCCCGUGAGGACGUCACCUCUAGAGAGGCGAGCAUGGCAUCGGCCGAAGCGUCCACGUCUGCAAGUACUGUCCCCGCAGGCGCAUCUGCUCAAGUUCAGCAUUCACCACCUGGGAACGUUCCUGCGCCAUUCUCGGUGGCCGAUCUGUGUAACCCUCACCCGUCUGCUUCACCUCCUGCCUCACCGCGCACCGUCGCCGAGAAGAGCGGGCCGCUUGCACGCUGGGAAUGGCAAGGCUCGUUUGGAGGAGAGGACAAGGAGGCGAAGAGAAGGGUGCUCGGUGCAAAUGCGAAGGGAGACAGCACUCGAGCAUUGGAGAUACGAGGAGCGGAGGAAGUCGCUUUUGGUCUGGUGCACCUAUUUCGUCCACAGUCUUCCAGCGAAUCCGGCCCCCCGAAUGCGAACGGUCCAGGCACCCCUACUCGGAUGACCAAUGCGGGCGCGAGUGACCUUGCAAAAGAAGACGCGCCGCCUACGACAGUGCUGACCGAUGACAAUGAGGAAGAUGCAGGUACAAUUCUGGCUGUGCUCGGGGUGCCUGCUUAUAUGCACGCAGCCGACUUCCUGGCCUUUGUCGAAGCCGCUGUUGAGGUCUUUGAGCAUGUCCGGAUUCUUCGGUGGGUCGAUCCGACUCGCGGUCGUUGGGACACCCCCUCUCAGAGCGAGCUGACUCCUUGCGGUUCUUCCGUCAUCAGUGAGUCCUCUCCUGGACGCUGCUUGACCCUUAUCAAAUUUCGGGAUGCCUUGGACGCUGAAUUCUUCUACAAGGAAUUGUGAGUCCCCUUUUCGACUGCUUCUCGCGCGCAUAAGUACUCAGGCCUCCAUGCUCGGUCUUUUGAACAGCAAUGGAGCACCGUUCAACGCGAUGCACGUGAGCAAUCUGGCAUAUUUCCAGAUAUGCUCCUUAUUGAGCUUGCGUUGAGCCUGACAAAACUUUUCACUGCCUGCAGCCCAACGAUCUCUGUCGCGUGGUAUAUGUGACAGCCGUGACCAUCAGUGCUGGGUUUGGUCAGCCCAUGCUUGCGCUCGCCAACACGGAUCCCUGGCCUCUACCAAUCUGCCGUCCAGCCGGCGCUAGCGAGUACUCAGAGUACGAGCUCCCCACUUGUCCAGUAUGCCUAGACCGCAUGGACAGCAGCGUCACGGGAUUGAUGACAGUGACAUGCCAGCAUUCGUUUCAUUGUGCUUGUCUCGGCAGAUGGGAAGACUCCAGGUGCGUCCGAUGUCGAUGCCACGGAGCGUUCGAUCCCGCUGAGCCGCCCACCGCGGAUUCACAGGUGCCCUGUAUGCAGAUACACCCAAUCGAGACGUCGCGGAGCAGCGGGACCACGAGGCUCGGCUGCUAUGGCUCAUAGCAGCCUAAGACCCGACGAGGAAGAAGAGGAGGGUGCCGAACAAAGUGCAUGCGCUUCUUGUGGCACUCAAGAUGAUCUUUGGGUCUGGUGAGUCCUGGCGCGGCUGCCAAGAGCCCGGCUUUGCCAAGCUGAUGAUCCACAAUCCCCGAUCACCCCACCAGUUUGAUAUGCGCUGCAGUGGGAUGCGGUCGCUACAAAGGCGGCCAUGCCCACGGUCACUUCGACUCGACGGCCCAUGCCUAUUCCCUCGAGGUAUGUGUGAUGUCUUCUUCUCACAUGCUUCGCUGCUAACCCUUGGUAAACUCUUACACUUUGUCACGACAGCUGGAAACGCAACGCGUAUGGUCUUAUGUGGAAGACGCCUACGUGCACCGUUUGAUCCAGUCCAAAGCGGACGGCAAGCUGGUAGAGCUCCCGUCUGUCAGAGGCUCGCAAGCUGGCGCAUCUGCUCAAGUCCAUGGUAGCCACGCUGGCAACGAUGGACUUGAAAUGCCCAGCAGACGCGAUGAGAACGAGAAGAUGGAGGCGAUGGGCGCAGAAUUCUCGAUGCUGCUCACCAGCCAGCUCGAUACGCAGCGAAGGUAAGCAAGGCCCUGAGCAGAGCAUGAGUCGAAUGCGGGCCAUCUCACUGACAGCUUCAACAUUUGGCCGUAGCUACUACGAGGACCAGCUACGCGGCGUGCAGUCAAAGCUCUCCGAUGCGCUCUCAGCCCUAGAUAACGCGCACCUGUCGGCAGGAGAGACCUCAACUCAAAGCGCAACGCUCCAUACGCGGAUUGCAGGCCUCGAGAAAGAGCUCGACGUGUCGCGAUCAUCUGCGAGCAAGAGCGAGGCGAGGAUGCAAAAAGCGAUAGAGAUGGCUCGCAAGCUUGAGAAGGAUUUCCAGGCAGAAAAGAGCGUGGGCGAAGGCUUGAUGAGGAGGUUGGAAAAGAGCAGAGCCGUGGAAGAUCGACUCAGCCACGAUGUCGAAGAGCUGAAAAAGCAGAAUGCUGACUUGCAAGAUCAGAUGAGAGACUUGUGAGCUCAUUUCCGCGAUGCGCGCAAGCAUACCGCUGCGUUCCACUCACACUUGCUUUCGACGACGACUUGCCCAUCAGAAUGUUCUUUGUUUCGGCACGAGACAAGAUUGCUGCUGAAGAAAGCAAUGGCAACACCGAGUCUGCUUCUCGCCACGAAGCGGCUGGAGGGGAUAUCACCGGCAUCGCGGAGCCGAAGAAGGCCAAGGCGAAGAAGAAGAAGAAGAAAGCUGCCAGCAACAAUGUGAAUACCGAUCCAGGACCUUUUGAAGAGGAUGCGACAGUCCAUGCCUCUAGCACGGCGCGACAAGGAGAGGAAAAGGAAGAGUAG